GCUCAAUAAACUACAACUACCAUCAUCACCAGGGACUUCCGGUUUACGGUUGCUACUGGAGACCGCAGGAAAGCCAUAAAACUCCACAAGCUUCAGUCUGACAACUGAAGUAACAAAACGUCAGAUGUCGAUGCUCUUUGAGCGUCAAAUUCAAAAUAAACAUAUGAACGUAAAUGUUAAAUCCUCGGAAUUUCAAUUUGUUGCUCAGUUUUGUAGUUUUGUUGACAUGGUGAACGGGCUAUGCUAGGAAGGCUAAGCUAACGCUCUGGGCUUUUUUCUAACAAACCGAUUCAUGCCGUUUUCCCUCUUUAAAUCUGACUAUAGACCGUGAAUAUUUCCUUUUACGGUCACCAUGUUCAUCUACCUCAGCAAGAAGAUCGCGAUUCCGAACAACAUCCAUCUGAAAUGCGUGUCGUGGAACAAAGACCAGGGCUGCAUCGCCUGUGGAGGUGACGACGGUCUGCUGAAGGUGCUGAAGCUGGAGACGCAGUCAGAUGAUGUCAGGUUCAAAGGUCUUGCUGCACCAAGUAAUUUAUCCAUGAACCAGACUUUAGAGGGACACAGAGGUGCAGUGCAAGUGGUGACAUGGAAUGAGCAGUAUGAGAAGCUAACAACCAGUGACCAGAACGGACUCAUCAUCGUGUGGAUGUUGUACAAAGGCGCCUGGUAUGAGGAGAUGAUCAACAACAGGAACAAAUCAGUGGUGAGAAGCAUGAGCUGGAACGCCGAUGGUCAGAAGAUCUGCAUUGUGUACGAAGACGGAGCUGUGAUUGUCGGAUCCGUGGAUGGAAACCGGAUCUGGGGAAAAGAGCUGAAGGGGAGCCAGCUCGCUCAUGUGGCAUGGUCACCUGACAGCAAGAUCCUCCUCUUUGGGAUGGCCAGCGGGGAAGUACACAUCUAUGACAACCAGGGAAACUUCAUAAUGAAAAUGGCCAUCGGCUGUCUCGUAGCCGCUGGAUCGGUGAGUAUAGCUGGGAUUCAGUGGUAUGCAGGAACCAGGGGUUACGUCAGGCCAGACUGUCCGUGCCUCGCCAUCUGCUUCGACAACGGGAGAUGCCAGAUCAUGCGUUAUGAGAAUGAUGACAAUCCAGUCUGCAUCGAUACUUUGAUGAACGUGGUGAGCAUCCAGUGGAACCAGUGUGGCAGCGUGUUAGCGGUGGCCGGUUUCCUCAGAGCUUCAACCAAAGACAAAGAGUUCAACGUAGUCCAGUUCUACACACCUUUUGGGGAGCAUCUAAGAACUCUCAAGGUGCCUGGAAAGCAAAUGUCUGGGGUUGCCUGGGAGGGGGGAGGACUGCGGAUUGCCUUGGCUGUGGAUUCCUAUAUUUACUUCGCCAACAUAAGACCAGAUUACAAGUGGGGAUACUGCUGCAGCACGGUGGUGUACGCCUACACCAAGCCAGAGCGCCAGGAGUACUGCGUGGUCUUCUGGGAAACUAAAAACAACGAGAAGUUUGUCAAAUACGUCAAGAGCUUGUUGUCUGUCACAACUUCUGGAGACUUCUGCAUCCUGGCCAGCAAAGCAGAUGAAACGCAGCUUCAGGAGGAUGCUGGGUUAGAGACUGGGAGUUCUGCUCGGUAUGUUCUGAUUCUGUGCAAUUCCAUUGGAACCCCCCUGGAUUCAAAAUACAUCGACAUUGAGCCUCUGUUUGUCACCAUGACCAAAACACACGUCAUUGCCGCGUCCAAAGAGGCCUUCUACUUGUGGCAGUACAGAGUGGCAAAGAAGCUGACCGCCAUGGGAAUUAACCAAGUGGCCAGAACAAAGAAGGGAGGAAAGGAGAAUGUCUAUCACAUUGACAUCCACCCAUCUGGAACCGGUGACGCCAUUUCCGAUUUUUCAAAAGCCUUCACAUCAACUCAAGAUCCCAUCUGUUGCAUUACAGCUACAGAUAAAACACUCAUUGUGGGCCGUGAGUCUGGCAGCAUCCACAGAUACAGUCUUCCAACUGUUGCGUUAUUGCAAAAGUACACUUCCAGCAAUCGAGCCUAUUAUUUAUCUCUGAACUGCAACUCCAGCCGGCUGGCCAUCAUCGACAUCGCGGGCGUGAUGACGUUGUUGGACCUGGAUGUCAGUGCUGCCUCAGACGGCGGCACGAACAGGGGGAGUGCAGAUUCCUCCAAGUUUGAGCGCAAAGACGUUUGGGACAUGAAGUGGGCGAAUGACAACCCUGAUCUGUUUGCCAUGAUGGAAAAAACAAGGAUGUACGUCUUUAGGAACCUCGACCCAGAGGAACCCAUUCAAACUUCUGGAUACAUCUGCAACUUUGAAGACUUGGAAAUCAAAUCUGUCUUACUUGAUGAAAUCAUGAAGAACCCAGAGAAGCCAAACAAAGACAAUCUCAUCAACUUUGAAAUCCGCUCCCUGAGAGACAGCCGUGCUCUCAUAGAAAACGUCGGCAUCGAAGACGCGUCGCAGUUCAUUGAAGACAAUCCUCAUCCGAGACUCUGGCGUCUGCUGGCGGAAGCAGCCCUUCAGAAGCUGGAUCUGAAGACUGCUGAACAGGCUUUCGUCCACUGCAGAGACAAUCAAGGCAUUGAGUUUGUCAAGCGCCUGGGCAACCUGCACAGUGAACCCAUGAAGAAGGCUGAAGUGGCAGCCUACUUUGGCAGGUUUGAGGAAGCCGACAGCAUGUACCUGGAAAUGGAUCGCAGUGACCUUGCCAUUAACCUUCGGAUCAAGCUGGGAGACUGGUUCAAGGUGAUGCAGCUGCUGAAAAGUGGUUCCGGGGCUUGUGACGAUGCUCUGCUGCAGCAGGCUUACAAUGCCAUCGGGGACUACUUCGCCGACAGACAGAAGUGGGUGAAUGCGGUGCAGUAUUACCAGCAGGGCCUUAACCAGGAGAGGCUAGCCGAGUGUUACUACAUGCUGGAGGACUAUCCCGGCCUGGAGAGGCUGGCCACCGAGCUACCAGAGAAUCACAGGCUUUUAUCAGACAUUGGAGAAAUGUAUGCCACCGUGGGGAUGUGUGAGCAGGCUGUGAAUGCCUACCUGAACUGCAACCAGACCAGAGCUGCUAUUGACACCUGCGUCCAUCUGAACCAGUGGAACAAAGCUGUGGAACUGGCAAGAACUCACAACAUGAAGGAGAUUAAGUCUCUCCUUUCUAAAUACGCCUCCCACCUUCUGGAGAAGAAUAAAGUCCUUGAGGCGGUGGAGUUGUACCGGAAAGCGCAUCACUUCCUGGAUGCAGCAAAGCUGAUGUUUAAAAUUGCAGAAGAUGAAGCCAAGAGGAAGAGUAACCCCCUGAGGGUGAAGAAGCUGUACGUGCUCGCAGCGCAGCUUGUUGAAAACUAUCAGGAGCAGGUGAAGACGUCACAGCAGAGCAAGACCAAAGGAAGAAAGUCUGAGGUAUCAUCAGCCCUUGCAGGCCUUCUUGAGGUGGACGCCUGCUCUUCAGAAACUGGCAUUGUGGACAGCGCCUGGCGUGGAGCGGAGGCGUAUCACUUCUUCCUGCUGGCUCAAAGGCAGCUUUAUGCAGGCCUCAUGGAGAACGCCAUGCGCACAGCUCUUCACCUGCGCGAGUACGAGGACAUCAUUCCUGCCGUGGAGAUCUACUCUCUUCUAGCCGUCUGCGCCGCUUCCAGCCGGGCCUUCGGCACCUGCUCGCGAGCCUUCAUCAAGCUGGAAUCUCUGGAAGGUCAAAGCCCCGAGCAGCAGCAGCUUUACAAAGAUCUGGCCCUGGAGAUCUUCACCAAGCAUGCUCCCAAAGACAGCCGCAUGGUGGGGGCGGACCUCUCAGACAGCUCAGAGGACAAACUGCCCACAUGCAUCGUGACGGGCCUGCCGAUCCAGGAGUAUCAGUUCUGGAUGUGCGGCGUGUGCAAGCACUGCGCUCUGGAGCAGGAGAUCAGUAAAUACAACACCUGCCCGCUGUGCCACACGGUGCUGUGACGCGCCUCACCUGCAGUUUUCAGCAGCAGGAAGACAGACAGUCAGAACUUUGUGGUCUUAAAACAUUCAGAUGGAAAUUUCUCAACAGGUAGUUUCAUGGUUCUUAUUUAUUUACGCAGCUUUUCUUUGUGAAAUGUCAGAAAUUUUCUUUUUAUAAAUGUAUUCUUUUGUACUGAAUUUGUUAGUGACCGCAUUAAAGUAGUUACUUUUUCUUUCAUAAAUGAUAAAAAAUGUGGUUUAAUGGCAAUUCUCUCCCAUUGUUUCUUUUUGAAAUUGAUGCAUGUUACAGCCUUUUUAAAAGAAGCACACUGUCCAGUCUGCAGGUGAUAAAAAUGUUAAAACAGCAAAACACCAUUUUCAUUGGAGUGGUCAUUAAGUCCAGGCAUACAUUCACUGGCAACUUCAUGAGGUCCACCUUGCUAGUACCGGGUUGGACCCCCUUUUUCCUCCAGAACUGCCUUAAUCCUUGCUGGCAGAGAUUCAACAAGGUUCUGGAAACAUUCCUCAGAGAGUUUGGUCCAUAUUGACUUGACAGCAUCACAGUUGCUGCAGAUUUGUCGGCUGUAGAUCCAUGAUGCCAAUUUCUAUCUAUUGUGUAUAUUUAUAUCUUCUCAAUCUAUUGGGUUGAGAUCUGGUGACUGAAGGCCAUUUGAGUCCAGUGAACUUGUUGUCUUGUUCAGCAGCGAUCAGAAGGUGGUACACUGUGAUCAUAAAGGGAUUGACAUGGUCAUCGAGUCAUCAAACUGGAUCACAGAGACACGGCGGAAGCUGGCUGUCAUUCAGACGCAGCUCCUGGUGCGGGAGUGAAGCUCACCGCACCGGAAUAAUCUCAAAAUGAUCUCAUGAACCCAGUUUUUGUAGAGCUUUUUAAAAUAAAUCAACCUGAUCUCUCAA